AUAGUAUUAACUGAUAAAAUCAAGUUUCAGUUAAUUGUGUAGUUGACUACACAUUGCAUCUCUAAUAAUGCUCCUUGGCGUAACUGGAAGGUUUGGGUGCUUAGGACUGCCUGAACUAAACUUUAGCCUUGAGCUGUUCUGUGAAUAGUAGUCUUUCUGGGAAAGGGGGGACGGGACAUGUAUUGGAAAUAUUUGAAUCUUUUCUGAAAGUGAGCAUUGCUUUCCAGGAGUAUGUCAGUGUUUGAAGUGCUUAGUAGAAUUUCCUAGGGGGUAUGAUGUUGGGUUAUUUGCCACCAUCACUAUAUUAUUAGAAUGCCAUUCAGUAGUACAUGACUAACACCUGUCACAUCUGGUUUGUUUUUACUCUCACUAUUGCCUUUCCUGUUAGGGAGCUUUUUACCUCUUGUAUGAAUUGACAUUUUCAUACAUGUGUGUCAGUUUCUGAGUUUUGUUACACACUACCAUUUUUCAUGUAACUUGGUGGAGAAGCUGGGCAUCCCUGCUGUUAGUACAGUUGUGGGCUAAUUUCAUUUUAAAGGUAUACAGCAAAAUUUUAUCUUAACCAAAGAGUGCUGUACACGUAGGUUUUAAAAACUAGACUUGAGUUUCAGAUUUUAAAAAUAACAAUGUAAUUUUUAUUGGGUUUCCUAAUUUUCCUUCUGAAAUUUACUUCCCUUGCAAAAACUGAUGACCUUAAUUAGUGCUUACAGAUAUUAGAAGUGUAGUUGUAUGUUGUCAGUUAAACUUUAUAUGUAUACAGUAGGGCUGGCGAUUAAUGUGCAUUAAUGCUGGUGAUUAACGCUGCCACAGUGUUUCAAAGGGGCAGCGCAGUAGGAGCCUGGAAUCAGCUGGAGUCCCCAGCUGAUUCGGGGCAGUGCUGCCCCUUUGAAAUGCUGCCACUGUGCAGUGCUGUCUCUUUGUAGCACUAUCCUGGUGUUUCAAAGGGUCAGAGCAACACAGCCUGGGAUCCCAUGGCGCUGCUCCUUUAAAAUGCAGGAUGGUGUUUCCAAGGGGCAGCUCUGCAUGGAGCCAGGGUCAGCUGGGGACUCCAGCUAAUCCUGGGCUCUGUGCAGCGCUGCCCCGUUGAAAUGCUGCUGCUGAGUUUCAAAGGGGUAGUGUGAGCAGAGCCCAGGAUCAGGUGGGGACUCCAGCACUGCAGGAACCCGGGAUCAGCUGUCCCUUUGAAAUGCGGCAGCAGCAUUUCAACGGGGCAGCACGUGCGAUUACUUUUAUUAAUAGCAAUGAAUUUUUUUAAUCGCUUGAUAGUCCUAGUAUACAGUUUAAGCAUAUAGUCUGUUACUAAUUGUUUCCUAAAUAAUUGUGCUUUUUAUUUGAUCCUUUGCCGUUUCAUCUUUGUAGGGCAAUUAACUGUUCUGUGAGAGCCAUGAGAGAGACUCAUACCACAUGCAGUCUUAAUUUUGCCUCCAUGAUGGAAGACUUCACGUCCUAUAUAGUAGCCAGGUAAAGGUAUACAAGAACUGGAAAGAAUCAAAAAAGCAAUUGAGUCUGUCAAGACUGAAGUUGAAGAAGGGCAGAAGAAACUCUCACAAUAUAAUAUUCAAGAUGAAAUACCUAAAAACUCUUUGAUAUCUAAAACAAAUGAUGUUAAAGGAAAUUAUACUUGUGCAGAUGAUGAUCUGUGUUCUCUUACAAAAAACUGUCUUGUAGCUCCAGUCUCAAAGUACUCAAAAAAAACCUGUCCUUUGGCAUCCAGUAAAUAUGUGAUUGACCAUAGUUGUCCAACAACUGACCUUGAAUACGAUCCACUGCUAAAUUAUUCUGCAGGCCUACUCAGCUCUUCCAUAAUGAAAGAGGAAAAUGAUACACACCAAUUUAAACAAGUGAAAAUGCCUCCUGUUAAUUUUCACAUAGAGUCUCCGAAAAUGUCUCUAUGUGGAAUUGGGCAUAGAUCCCCAAAGAAGAGAUCAAGAAGCUCUUCACCUAUAAAACUUGAAAUAAAGCUCCAAGAAUCUGAUGAUGAUGAUGAUGAUCUGGUUAUUGAUGUCCCACCACUGACUGUCACUAAGAAGCCAAGAAUAAGUAGGAGCUUAAAAAAUUGGAAUAGGGAAGUAAUGAAACAAAAUCUUCAGAAUAGUGACAUAGCAGAAGAUCCUCUUAAGUGUAUUGAGAAAAAAAGUGAAGUUACUGUAAUUUUGCAAAAGGAUGACAAAACAAAUGUAAGCAGCAUUGAGAAAUCACUGAAAACUUCACCAAAAACUCAAAAUGCACAUUUACCCAAUGUGAAAAUUAAUGGUUUGAACUGUUCAGAUAACAUUAAUGAACAAAGAAAAUCUUUUAUUGUCUCUCAGGAAAAUAAUUUAUCUUCAGUUUCUCCUAUUAAGGCACUGAUGCAGAAAGAAACUUUGAAGAAAGAUGAUCCAAAGAGUGAAAUAUCAGUGAAAAUAUCUGAUGUUGAAGAACUGGAUAGUAGUAAAUAUAAAAACAUACCAAGUUGCAAGAGAGGGGCACAGUCUAGUUUGUAUUUUGAAAACCGCUCAAAAGACACAACUGUGAUAACUACACAGGAGACUUUUAAAACAUUGCCGGUAAAUAAAGGGGAAAAUCAGAUUAUACAAGAAAAUGAAGUGUUGGGAAAUGUAUUCAUCCAUUCCAGCUCUCCCUUGAAUUUGGAUGAGAGAGUUUGUCGUGAUGUACGCCUCUUGACUACAAACUGUAGUGGAGAAAAUAAUAGUAAAACUAUGUGUACUACAAUUGAAGAAAGUGAAGUAAUUGUAUUAGAUUCUUCUUCAGAAGAAGAGAGAGAGUGUAGUGAAGAGGAUACUGAACUUUCUGAAUCUCUGGAAUAG